AAACACUUGUAAUAUAUUAUGGAAUACGUAUACUGCGCGCUCGUGUUAUUGUAGGUGCUGAGCGAUGAUCGCUGCCUCGGUUUUACCAAACCAGAUUCCAACAUCACGUGCGAUUUGGAGCCAUGUGGGGUCUGGAGGAAAAUGAGAGUGUCUCAGUGUUCAAAGUCAUGCAGCGAAGGUAUGCAGAUUACGGAAUACCAAUGUUUUAAAAGUACCACAUCCGACAUACAAGUAGCUGACUUCCUGUGUCCGGAACGGCCAAAACUCAUCGAUGUCUGUAACCAUGGACCGUGUGUCAUCGAUCCGGUUGGUUGCUCGAACCUGGUACCGGACUGCAAGGGGACAUACGGGCAUGACAUUUGUUACGGAACGUACAAACCAUGGGCCGAAGUAAACUGUAAAGCCACCUGUGGGGUAUGCGCCCACCGAGCUCCAUCUAUCACAACCGCACCGGACCUGGAUGACAGAUGUGAGCAGUACUUGCAGGGUGGCCAGGCGCUGGAGUUGUGUGUCACAAAGUACCGGAUAUGGGGAGAGAGGAACUGUCCUACUACGUGUGGACCAUGCAUUGGUGCUGUGGACAGACCACGUGACGUCAAUGUGAGAUGCGAGAUGUACUAUCGGAAGGACUGUCUGCACCCCGACUACCGUCAGUACAUGAGCGCUCAUUGCGGUCGCUACUGUUGCCACUGCUACAUCGACGGCAACCUGUGUCGAUCUUGAUUGCUGACGGGGGCAUUGACGCGAUAAAAAUGUUUUCUAUACGUACACGUUUUUGUUGAUGCAUAUUUGCGCCGCAUUUUUUUCAGCAUUAGGACGAUAUAUAUUUUGAAACUUGAAAUAACUGUUUUCUGUAUUAUUACAUUGUACAUAUGCAUUUUAUUACAUUCUAUCUCUUGCAUGACGAUGAGCUUUAAGUUAGCAAGUAAAGCUAGAUAUUCAUAUAUCAAUCUGGGGGGAUGUGUAUUAAGAUUGAUUGUUUUUGUUGCUUUAUCCCAGUGAAGAGUACGUUAAAAUGUAUCAUAUUAAACUGUUCUUACAGAAAUAAAAAACACACUCUAUUUUACAA